AUGGGAGGUUCAGGAGAGGCAUUCAAGCGCCUCCCCGCGCCUUUAUCUCCCCAGGAGCAACUGCGGCGUCUCCAACAGCACCGUCCGCAACAGAUAUUGCACCGCAGCAGCAGCAGCUCUAGCCUGCUUGGCGGCAACUACAGCUACCCAGUUUCGCUCUUGCGCACACGCACGCAACUUCCACAGCUGCAAGAUGGCACCCAUCUGCAGCUUCAACCUCAGCAGCAGCACAGCUCGCAGCACGAGGACCAGCGCCCUGUUCCUCUUAGAUCGUCGGAGGCGCAAACGGGGACUGUGCAGCAGCAGAUGUUGCUGCAGAGCACGCGCUUGCCGAUGGAAAGCCGUCUCCUCCUAGACACUAGACAAGACACAUGCACGCUAGAGCAGGAGAAAGAGAGACCCCACGCGCUUACUGCACCCACCUGUGUGGCAGCCGAGCCAAAAGGAGCUGCUGCAGCUGGUUCUCCAACGAUGCUGCAGACACGAACUGAAUCGCUACCAGAAACGCCGUCGUGCCGCGAAUCAGGGGGUGCAACAGCUCAGGAUCUCACAGCUGCGUCCUAUCCUGCAAAGACGGCGCAGGCAGCACAUGCUAUAUCCUCCGGAGAAGAGGCCCUGCAGCACGCCACAGCGACUACAGCCGCUGCUACUACCGGAGCAACAGCAGCAACAACGGCAACUGAGGCAGCAGAGGGGUUAUCUGGAGCAGCCGAGGCAGCUGCUCCGUCCUCGAAAGAAGACUCAGCAGCGCCAGGGGGACUGGAAAGAGGGCUUGGAGGGCCCUUUAGCGAGGAGGCAAUCGCUGCUCCUGCUAUUGCGGAAAAUGCAUCUGCUGCAUGGCGAACAAGGACGCCUCCCGCGAACAACCCUCGCAAUCAGCCAUCGUUGCAGCCUCCGCUGCCUACGCAGCAGCCACUGCAGCAGCGCUCGGCGCAGUCGCAGUGUCUCCAAAAUCAGCAGGCAUGGUGCCCCCCCCUGCCAGUGCCAGCAGCGCCUCCGCCGCAAAUUUGCCUCAUAGGGCCGCGUUUGUUGGCUAUGAGGAGCCCAUGGAAUCUUUCUACCUCGGGUGUGCUGCAGCGUAAUGGCAUCAACGAGCUAAUGCUCUAUCUGUGCAUGCUGCAGUCGUUGCUGCUUCCUGCCAGGUGGGGGGGCCUAAUGCCUCUAGGAGAUGCGGACUGCCCUGCUGCCGCUGCAGUGCUCCCUGCAGCAGCCGCUGCAGCGGCUGCUGCGGAGGGCAUGAGCGUCCUCACUGCAGCGGCAGAUGCGUCCCCUACUCCUCCGCCUUCCCAGGCACCCUCGCCGCAGCAGCAGCAGCAGCUGGUGAUGCUGCUGCUGCGCCGCUUCUUGCAGCAGCUGCCGACGCCGUCAGACGGCUCUUCCGGACUCACGCUGCUCAACGGACUGUACAGACACCUCCACAGCCUCAUCAAGAAGCAGCAAGAGAGUACGCCUGUUUGCAAGCCAGGCUUCUCACUAGUGGCGCAGGCAGCGGCGGCUGCCAGUGCUGCUUUGGAGAACGCGGCUGCCCUGGAGCUCCAAGGCGAGGAGGCUGCAGCGUUGCCAGCUGUUGCCGCAGCUGUUGCUGCUGUGGAGGCGGCAGCGGCGGCAGCAGCAGCAGCUGCUGCUACCACGGCUGCUGCUCCCUCCUUUCACUCUCUUGCCCCCUUCUCAGUCGAGAGUGGCCGUGCCGUCUUGCCUGCGGGCGAAAAGUCUGCUGGAGGGAAGUCUGCAGAAGCUGCAUCCCCUCUGCCAGCAGCGCAAGGCACUGGAGAUGGCAGCAGCUUCGACAUGAAGCGUCGCGAAGCCCUACGACAGCUUGGACGCCUCUUAGCUUCUCCCCCCGUCAUUGUCGUCUUUGAUAUCUAUUCUCGAGGGAGCACCACUUGUUGUCGUAACAACGGCGCUAGCGGCAGCCACGCAAUUGGCGGUUUGCAGCAGCGCAGCAGCGGGAGCUGCAGCGGCAACGCGAGCAGGCAGGCCCCUUGCCCUUCGAGCGCUGUAGCCUCAACUCCUGCCUCCAUCAGCAGCGGCACUAGCAGCCUGGCAGCGGAAUUCGGGGAGGCCUUUGGGUGGCAGAUUCUCGAGUUCAGCUUGACGGAAGUGGGGUCCCCCCCCUUGCAGCUGCUUGUGGAUUUCUGCUCCUCUCUCCGCUUUUGGCUGCAGCUCGACAGACACCUGAACCUCGCAGUUGUCAACUUACACCCCAAAAGCGGCUGUGGCGCUCUGCUCUUGCUGGCAUGCGCAGCCAUGGCGUGCGGCAGCAGCUUAGGCGCAGCAGGCUGGAGCUUGUCGCAGCACCAGCUCCUGAAGAUGCUGGGAAACGCCUCGCUCGCCGCUCAAGACUGUACCUUCACUCCCCGAAAUCUCAAGCCCAGCAGUGUGAGCGGACAAGGGGGAGGCGGAGUUUUGCACUGGAAGCCAGCCGAUCGCUGGCCCCCCUCGUGUCGGCGUUACCUCUCGUAUUUUGAGAGUCUUCUCCGUCAAGGCUUUGGCAGCUCCUCGAGAGAAGAAGGAGGCGCGGGAGGCAAACUGCAGGCGACAGGAGUGGAGGCUCGUAGCGUCCGUCUGAAGAAUGUGCUGAUCGAUCACUUUGCUGCGCCCGCUGCGCUUAUUGUCGUCGAGGUGUACGAGCUUGCCACGUGCUGCUGCUGCUGUAGCGGCUGCUGCUCCAGGAGGCAAGGAUCUGAAGAGCAAAGCAGCGUGCUGGUCCGUCACUUUUUAGCGUCGAGCGCAGGAAGCGCAGCCACAGCUGUGCCUCUGGUAGCUUCCGGAGAUUCUUUGCCUCUUGGACACCCCGUUCGGCAAAGUCACAGCAGCAGCAGCAGCAACGGAUCUGAGGAACAAGCACCUUUAGUAUCGAUGCCUUCUGCCACUGCUGCGCAGCCUUCUCAGCUGCAGCUUCCCCAGCAGCAAGAUAUGGGGGGCAGCCGAUCGCAGCGUAAGGGCUUUGCCGGCUACUUUCUGAAGCAACGCACUCCCGGAAAAUCCCAGCAGCAACUGGAUGGCUGCGCAAGCGAUGCCUCUCAGAUCCAUCACCCCUUCCUGCAAGCGUUGAGACAGCAGACACAGCUGCUUACGGAGUGUGCGGGUGCAGCAGCAUCGGCAGUGGCGGCAAUCGAGAGCGCAUGCAGCCCCGAUGACGUCCCUUUGCUGUUCGAUCCAGGGGGGCCUCUCGGCUAUCUAGGGGCUUGCUGCGACGCCUACGUGUCUCUACCUAUCUCUGCUCCGUGUCUGAGCAGCAGCAGCAGCAGAGUAACGUGUUGCUGUCCAGCAGUUGCAUCUGCCUGUCGCAUGUCUUGGAGCAGCUCCGCGGAUGACACUCUGUCAGACGGCGGUUCUCCAGCCUCCGCAGCUGCCGGAGCAGACUGGCCAGUGUCUCCUACGACGUCAGGAGAGGCUCCACACGCUGCAUGCGAAGGCGGGAGGGGGGCCCUUGCAGCUGGGCGUGCCCUUGCAGCUUUGCAGCAGAGACAGCUGCAGCAGCAUUUGCAGCAGAGACACCUGCAGCAGCAGCACCAGCGGGAGCUGCACACGCACUUCUCUUUGCAGGCAUGCGCUUCGGAUUACCAGCUGAUGGCAGCAGACUCUCUGUCGGACGGAUCUGCGUCAGCAGUCUUCGACUUUGCACACGCGCGAGAUGGAAGCCCCCGACACCUUGUGCUUUCUGGAGAUGUCUUAAUUGCAAUACGGCAGCUUGUGCCAAGGCUUCCAGUGACUAAGAACCCUGCCGAUAGUGGAGGCUCACACCUCCUGCAGGGGGCGUGUGAGGGUUUGCGGAAAGCCAACUCGCACCGCAGACACUUGCAGCAGCAGCAGCACAUCUACGCCACAUACUCGCUGCACACAGGGUUUCUUCCUUCCGAGCAGUCCGUGAUUGAGCUGCGGGGAGAGGACUUGGACUCGUCUACCCCACUUUCUCAGCGCCUCCGUGUGUCACUCAUAUUUGAGCAUGUGGAGAGCGGCCCCAGCAGCAGCAGCAGCAGCAGCAGCAGCGCCUCUCGCGUUGCUCCUUGCAGUGCCUCCUCAACGACUGGAGAAGGGCAGCGAGAAGAAGACGCGGAUAUCCCUCCUUCGGGCUUCGUUGCUUCCGCAGCCGUCUCCACUGAAGCAGCUCACUCGACAGUGGGGUCAGCCCCCUCUGCUGGCAGCAUCAGCAGCAGCAUGAGUAGCAGCAGCAGCAAAUCGCCACCGAGCAAGUCUCUGGUCAGCGGUAUUAUGUCGUCUUUGUUGCGAUGGCAACAGCCAAGGGACACCCUCGGCCUAAGCAGUGGCACAGACCUGCAGCACAGGCAGCAGCAGCAGUUGCAUGCCUUUGAACUCCAUGCAUCCCGCCGCGGCAGCACCUGCAGCAGUACGAGUGGCGCUGAUAUUGGGGGGGCUUCUCUGCUGGGAGCUGCAGAGCACGCAUGCGCUGCAGCAGCAGCCUCUGCAGCAGCGCAUGCAGGGGACAGCAGGACUGCAGGCUUCCAGCGACAUCUGCACAUCACGAAGCGUCCUACGCCGAGCCGUCGAGAGUUUGCGGCAAGGCAUUGUCUUCGGUUAGAUCCUAGGCUUCUCCAGAUGCUUGUGGAGGCUUCAGGCUGCAGCAGCGACAGCUGCGCCGUUGCCCUCAAGCUGUGCAGCAACGAUUUCUCGAUGGCGAUGAGCCUGGUCUCGUAUUACUUCGCUGCUGCGGGUGCUGCUGCUGCUGCCUCUGCCGCAGCUCACGCCACUCGGCUGCUGCAGCACGCGCUGCCGCCUCCGUGGCUCCAGCAGCAGCACCUCCUGCAAAGGCAGGUGUCGCAUUACUUACAGUUGCAGCAGCAGGAGCAGCAAGGGCCGACUCCGCGAGCGACCCCAGCAGAAGGGCCUUCAGUCAUUACGCCUCCCCCCCUGCAGCAUCCCCAAGAGAGCACCUCGACAUUCGGGGAGGCUUGCGCAGCCGAUCGGGGGAAUGGAGAGGAGGAGCUUCUUGGUACAGGCAUUCCAGGAAGCCUUGCUGCCCCAACGACAGGGGUAGCGAGGACGUUGCCACUCUUGCAUAACCAGCAGUGGAUAAUACAACACCAUCAUCAGGGGAGCUUGCAUCAGCCCCCCCCGGUGUCUUCUCAAAGGCCCUCACGAAUAGCUCCGGUGCCUUUGAGGCCUGGGCAAAGCCGACGAUUGAAUGCUGCAGUGUCUCCUACAGCGGCUGCAUCCGAUGCUCCUGCCAUAAGGCCACUGCUCCCCGCUGCGGCGCUCGAGGCGGAGUAUUCAAAAGCUACGGGUUCACCACCAGCCUCCACUGUCGCAGCUCUAAGCAACGUCGGUGAAAUGUCUUAUGACGCUGGAAAGCCUGGAGCGCCUUUCGGCCCUUCUUCCGUCGAAAGGGGGGGGGCUGCUGUCGUGUCGAGCAUUGCUGUUUCGCAUGUUCUCGCUGACUCUUUCCCCGAAGCCAAAGCUGCGACUGGCUCUGCAGCUUCGCCUCGGAAAGGUGUAUUCGCCGCGGAGGCAGCGUCAGGGGAGGCCAGCCUUGGUGCCGCUGCAGAGGGGGCAUUCGCAGCAAGAGAGCUUCCUGCCUCGAAGUCCGCUGGCGGCAGGAGCAGUUCCACUACGCUAGGAAGCACUGCAGAUGAGGCUACCUGUUCGAUCUUAGGUGCCUUGAGUGUUUCGACUCUGGAGGCUGCCCUUUCGAGCUCGGUGAAGACGCCUUCUCCUGACGGAGAACGGCCGCGAGCAGCGACCAGUAGAGAGCCGCCGCCCUCGGAAGGGGCGGAGGCUUCCCCAGAGGGAGCAGCAGAAGGACGAAAGACGCCGUGCGUGGGGUUUUUUCCGGCAGCGUUGGUAUCUGCACACGCGUCUUCAGGUGGAGAAGCAUCAGGCACUACAGCGGCGCUGUCCUCCCUGCCCUCUGCUGGACCUGCCGGAUCGAGUAGCCAGCUUCUUGCAAUUCAGCUGCCUGAUGGACGGGUGCUGCGUGUGUCUCUUCCGUCGGAUGUGGCCGUGGCUGCAAAUCUUGGAGCAGAAGGCACCGUUGUACGAGCAGCAGCAGCGGCCGCCAGCUUUCCGGGAGUCUCCGCAUGCGGUGACGCCGCUGCCUCCCCCCCCUCCUCCCCUCCAAAGGAUGCGCAGAUGUCUGCAGCAGCAGGAGGCUCCCCCCAAACCCUUCCUGCCGCAUCUAAAGGCAAGGCACCAGGGCAACCACCCCCCAGGAGGCCUCCUCCCCCCCCGUUUACGACAGCGGAAGCUCCUGCUGCAGCGGGGAAGGCAAACGCCUCGAAGCCGCCCCCCCCCCCAUCCGCCAAAGCCACCGCAAAGGCACCAGGACCUCCGCCUAAGGGCUUUCCGGGAGGAAAGAGGCCUCCGCCUGCGGCUGCAGCAUCGAAGCAGCAACCGCUCGCAGAGGCGGCGCUGCCACUUGGCCGCAAGAUACACUGGAAGGCGCUUUCAGGAGAUAAGAUCCAUGGGACAGUCUUCAGCGAGAUGCCCGCCCUUGGCCCCUUAGGACCCUCCGCGCUUGUAGACGGUGCUGCUCUGAGUCGCCUUUUCUCCCGAACGCAGUCUUCAGCCGCAACAAAAGCGGCUUCGAAGAGGGCAACGAAGAGGCCGGAAGUGCAGCAAGUCAAGCUGAUCUCGAGCAAGCGCGCUCAGAAUGUUGCCAUAGUUCUUGCCCGGCUUUCGCUCUCCACCAAGGAAGCAGCUCGGCGGCUGCAGUGCCUUGACAGCAGCGGCUUUUCGCUAGAGCUUCUCGAUCGGUUAGAGCAGGUCUGUCCGUUGCCGGAGGAACUCGAAGCUUUCCAGGCGUACUUACAGCAGCAGGAGCAACAGCAGACAUCCGAGGAUCCGAAAGCGGAUUCAGCAACCACCCCUCCUCUGCGCGAUGUAGAGGCGGAAAUGCUACCACUCGUGCGGCUUACUGGAGUUUCUUUGCGGACUCGCGUCGUCCGUUUUGACCUCUUAGCCCCAAAGACGCUGAAGGAGCUAAAUGACGCUCUUGACCUCGUGGAUCAAGCAGCCGAGCAGGGUCGCAGCAGCCGCAAGUUUCGCGUGCUUCUGCAGGCUGUGCUGCAGUGGGGAAAUUAUGUAAAUCACGGAGUUCGACUUGCUGCCACCCCGGAAGGCACACAGUCUUCAGAAGAAGGCGGUGCAGCGGGAGACAGUGCACGAGGGCUGCCAGGAGCUGCUGCCUCGGUUGAGGCUCUGCCGACGCGAGGGUUUGCGUUGACCUCUCUCCUGAAGCUGAUGGAAUUUCGCAGCACCGUCGACAGCCGCCUCAGCUCGCUGCACUACAUCCUUGUCAAUCUGAUGGCGUCUCUGCCGGAUUUGAGGCUGGAGGGCUUGCCCGAAGAGAUGCCCCUGGUGGAGGAGGCAGCGCGCCUCUCGGAUGAGGCGUUGGAUGUCGCAGCAGCGUUGCUGCAUCGCGAGACGCAGUUUCUUUUGCAGCAAAUACAGCAGGCAAAGCCGUCGAACGAGUUUUGGGGCCCUUCAGAGAUCGAAAAGCUUCGCCGCCUCCACGGGGAAGCUGCCUUAGGCUUUCAGGGAGUCCGGCAGAGGUAUGCAGCGAGCAAAGAACGCGUCACAGAGUUGGCUCGAUUUUAUGGAGAGGAGCCACAAAGGCCGAGUGCUGCGGCAGCCGCUGCGGCGGGGGAAGGGUGGGGUGGUCUUAUGCGUGCUUCGCCCUUCUCGACGCUAGCCGCCAUCUUGGUAACCUUUAAGCAAACGCUAAGGGAUAUACAGCAGCACCCGAAACGGUACGCCGUCCUGCUUGCCACCAAUAGCAGCACCAGCGACCCCAAGCAGGGGAAUGCGGAGGAGGAGCGACGAGGCAAAAAAGAGGCCCCCUCCGCAGGGGAGUCAGCGUCUCCCGGGGAGCCUCCCUUCGCAGCUGCCCUCCCAAAGAAGGAUCAAGGGGCCACUUUCAAAGCCCCAGCGAUAGCCGCAACGACAGGAUCACAACUGCAUGCACAUUUCACCCGCAAAUGCAGUGAUCCUAUUGCCGCUACGUGUGCGACACCGAGAGGCCUUCGCGGGCUUGGCGCGGCUCUAAUGCAGCCCGAGCACCACCAUCACCAGCCUUGUACCCCCCCGAGACGAAGCGCGAGCUACUCCGCAUUGGCACCGCCCCAGAGCUCUCUGUCUUCCUCAUCGAUGGAGCGCAAGAAGAAGCAGCAGCAGCAGCAAGACCAGCAACAGGCAGUGCCGGUGGAGCAGACGAACUGCUGUGCAGUGCAACAGCCUCACGGGCACGAAACGUCUGUAGCUGUGCGCCUUCCCGUCAGCGGUCCUCCGAGCGCAAGUGAGGGAAUUGCUGCCAGCGUAGCGGCAAGCGGUCCUGCAAAUCCCAAGGACGCGCAGGCGAAGCGCCCGCACGGCCUUACUGCUGCUGCUGCUGCCGCUCUACUAGCGAAGAGCAACUCAAAGUUGGACGCGAAGAGCUACCGGGCAUCGCUGCAUGCUCUGCUGGAUGAACCGUCUUUUCCGGCCCUGGACCUUGCAGCCUCUAUUAACAAGGCGCUGUUUGUUCGGGAGCUUUCUGGCGAGGAGGGAAGAGGCUCGGAAUUGCCUGCAGCAGCAGCAGCAAACGAAGCUGCCGGAGCGUCGGUCGAAAGCCACAGCACGCCACGUGAGCCCGCCAAAGCGGCUGAAAGGACGCAGCAGAUGCUUAGAGCAGUACAGGCUCCCCUUCCCGCAGUUGCGACUUCGCCACGUCUUCCAGGGAACUUAGGAAAUGACAGCGAGCACCAGAAGCGAGCUGUGGCGUCAGUGGGAAAUGUUCAGUUCUUUCCACCCCGCGUGGUUCCCAAACAGUUGCAGCGGCUACCGUCAACUCCUCCCCAUGUUUGGCGUCCAAUACUGAGGCCUCGGCUGCCGCCUCCCGCCGUGGUCCCCGGAAAGUAUCCACGGGGCUCUCAAAAUAAGGCAGUUCCCCCCACUAUCGGGGAAGGAAGGGGCAAACAGCAGCCAAAUGCGCAGGAGAGGUAG